AUGGCGGAGGUGGAGCUUCCACAGCGCAAGUCGCCGCUGGCGUCGAAGAGCAGAGAGGAGAGGAGAGUGAGAGUGUUUUAUGAUCAACCACUAUCAAAGCCUAUAUGUCUCCCCUACCAAUUUUGGCCUUCCCCUUCCUUCCACCUUGUUUUCCGCGCAGCCCAAUCAUCAACACCGCUGCUCCCCUCCAUUUCCGCGCCCCUCCAGCCCCUGCUCGCCACUUGGCAAGUCGCCAUUGGGCGCGCCGCCGCCAUCCGCCGCCAGGGCCAACCGGCGCUCGCCACGCGGCCUCCCAGCGCCCCCCCUGGCAGUUCCCCUCGCCGCAGCCCAUCCAAGCCCGGGCACAGCCCGCCAGGCCCAUCCAGGGCCCGACCGCACCCGAGCCGCCCGAAGCCUCCCGCUCGAUCCAGUUUGGGAUCGGGGGAGCGCCGCCGCCCUCCAGCGCCUCGACCUCGCCGCCGGAGGCCGCCGUCCUCGCCCCGUUGCCUCGCCGGAUCUCCGCCGCCCGUCCUCCGCCGCCCAUCCUCCGCCGCCAGUAACCCCGCCGCCGCCGCCAGGAACCUCGUCGCCGGCUUCCCUCAGCCUAGGGAACGUCAGAUCCGGCUGUUCCCUCGCCGGAUCUGGACGCCAGCGCCGCCCCCAUGGCCUGCUCUAGCCUCGCCGGCCCUUGCCGGAGCCCCGCCGCUGUCUGCCGCCUUCGUCUCGAUCGGGACCGAUCACGAGCGCUCGUGCCCCUGCGCAUGUGCCCCGCAAGCCCAGGCCCGCAGCCGCAGCCAGCGCCAGGCCCAGCCGAAGCCAGCCAGGCCCAACGCCCCCUUCCAGCCUGCCCGCGGCCCAGCUCCGACCGACCGGCCUUGGCCCAGGUUCCGGUAAUGUUGCGAUCGUGAGGAUUCGUUCGUCUACGCUUGGUUCGGUUUCAUCCGUUCGUCUUCUUCAUGGACUC